ACAGUCCAAGUUACUCCCUGUGGUAUGUCCAGUUGCUCACAGAUUGCACAUAUUUUCAUGUGGCGAAUUUGCCAGGCCCCUGGCUUAUCACCCCUGGACAACUUUGUUCAGCUCAUUUCAGGUGAACUUCGAGGUUACGCCAGGGUUAACCUGCUUAUGAUUGACCACUUAGCUGUUGUCAUUAUUUUCGAACGAUCUUUCUACAUAUCCGACGAGCGGCGCAAUCUUCAGGACAAGCGGCAGUCUGGUCCCUCUUUUCAUGUCGCUCUGGAGCAGUACAUACUAUCUCUGCAUGCAGCUGCUGUCAGGAAAUGUGCGAGCGAUGCUGUCCAGGCUUAUAAAAAAGCUGUGGCUACUGCUCUGAAGGAGAAUGCAGAAGUGGAGUUGAUCGAGGACGUUCUUAAAAUUGCUUUAGAUCAUCGCCUGCAAGACCUUGACGCUAGGCAAUGCAACGCGAUGUAGAUGGUGCUCCGAAGUGGAGCUCAGUGACGUGUCUAGCAGUCGAUGUACGUUUCUUGAGUGGUCCAUUGAGGUAGUUUCAGGAGGUGGAACUGUAUGAAAUGCUUGUAUGAUCAGACAAUAUGAUGCUUUUUACGGC